UACGAAUCGAUCAUUCAGUAUCUUUUUCACGAGAUAGUGUAAACGAAAAAUGAUUCGGCUAAACUGCAUCGUGUCGCUCAUUGGUAUUGCAUUGUUGUGCGUUCUCGCAGAAGAGCUUUAUACCGAUCAGUACGAUGACAUCGACGUAAAGAAUAUCCUCAGUAAUGAAAAACUGCGGCUCCAAUAUUAUAAUUGUUAUAUGGACACUGGACCAUGUAUCACAUCAGAUGCAAAAUUUUUUAGAGAUGUUGCUGGCGAAGCUCUUCAAACACAAUGUAAAAGAUGUACUGAAAAGCAAAAGGAAAUGAUGGACACAAUAAUCGGGUGGUAUUCAGAAAAUCAACCCGUCCAAUGGGAAAAUAUUGUUAGAAAGAGUUUAGAGGAUAUGAAAAAGAAAAAUGCUGCUUAAUAUAUAAAUUGCUAAUAAA